CCAACGAGUACACAGCGAAUGAACUCGGAAGGAAGGAAAGAAGGAAAGAAGUCUGAAAGAGAAUAACUAGAAUGAAAUUUACCUAACUUAAAAAAGAAGAUUCCACCCACUUAGACAAAUUACCCACGUACCUUGUCAUCCUCCGCUCCGUCUCUCUUUUAUCUCUCUAUCUCUAUCUCUAUCUCUAUCUCUUAACUCUCUCCCUCUCUCACACACAAGGAGAAGGAGAAGGAGAAAAAGAACAGGCGGCUUUUGAAUCUGACUACUCUGGAAUGGGUGAUAACUAAUGAGAGUCAUCACGGCCUCUUUGAGUCUUCCUGGACAACAAACAAAGAAAGCACUCACCCGCAUAUUUGCUUUCUAAUUUCUGUAUUCUAGUUUAUGGCCUAAUUAUGGGAGGGUACUCUUUCAACCCUAGUUCCAGCUCCUCUCACAGUCGGAAUAACCACUAACCACAUAUAGUACUGGACGCAAUCGCUUUUUGGGGCUUGUUUCUUAUCACAUCUUCUCUAAUUAGAUCUAUGCCUCGGACAAGUGCGGUCGUCGACGGUCCUAGAUCAUGAAUUUCUUCUCAGCUGGACGUGGCUUCAACGAUCAAGGCUCCUCAAAAGGUACACGCCCAUUUUCUCAUUCUUCUUCUUCUUCCAGACAGAAGAUUCUAGUUCCUUUAUCCUAUCAGCAGCAACAGCAACAGCAAAGAAGUUGGUUAAGCAGCAGCAGCAGCACCACUAAUAAUGGUGAAGACAGUACUGAUCUCGUGAUGAUGGAUACUCUUCCUAGCGAAAAUCUUUGUGAUGGCGACCCUGUAGAUGAUAAUCAUGAUCUAGGAGUUGGUGAAAGUAAUACGAUUGAGCGAGAACACAUGUUCGAUAAGGUAGUCACUCCCAGUGACGUGGGCAAGCUCAAUCGCUUAGUCAUCCCCAAACAGCAUGCUGAAAAGUAUUUUCCUCUGGAUUCCACUACCAACGAGAAAGGCCUCCUCCUCAAUUUCGAAGACAGGAAUGGAAAGCCUUGGCGCUUCAGAUAUUCCUACUGGAAUAGCAGUCAAAGCUAUGUAAUGACCAAAGGUUGGAGCCGCUUCGUGAAGGAGAAGAAGCUCGAUGCUGGGGAUAUUGUCUCAUUUCAGCGUGGAAUCGGUGAAUUGGGCAAGGAUCGUCUCUUCAUCGACUGGAGGCGCCGUCCAGACGCCCCCGACCAUCUCCACUAUACCCAUUUCACUAAUCAUGUGCCGCUUUCACACCAUAAUAAUUUCUAUCGCUACCCAGCUGCUGCUGCUUGGAAUAGUCCUCCCUUUUUGCAGCCUCCUCCUGAACAUUCACAUUUACAUUCCCGUCUGAUGCUGGAAUCUGCAUCUGGCAGCAUGUCUCAUCAUCAUCAGCAAUCUUAUCCUCCGCAUAGCUACAGCACCUAUGGAUCCAGUCCUAAUUAUUACUACGACACUUGUAAUUUCAACAACAGCAAUACAACCGUGGUAAAUGGAAACCCUUGUCCGAGCGGGUCAGUAAUUUAUCUCAGAUCAGGGUCAGCUCAAGUCCCACAAAAGGCUGGGUUAAUGCAAAGAGGUCAUAGUAGUAGUAGCGUUGGAGGGAGUGGCAGGAUUUUGGAGCCAGUGGUGUUCGACUCGGUACCGGUUGUCCAAGGCAAGGCAGCAGCAAAGCGACUCAGGCUGUUCGGAGUGAAUAUGGACUGUCCCAUCUCAGACUCGGAUGAAUCAUGUGAAAUCACAUCCUCAUCCUCUUCCUUGCCUAAUCCCGCUGCUACAGCAACUUAUUCUCAUGUCCCCCAAUUUUUGUCAUCAUCAUUCAGGACUUUUAACAACAACUAUGCCAACCCGCCGGCAGCCACUGAAGAAGAAUCGUUCGACGAAGGCAAGCUAUAUAUCUCUAGUACGUAGCAGUGGGAAUGCAUAACUAGCUCCUCUCAGCGUCAGUCAGGCUAAUGAAUGAUGGGAUCGGAAGGGAAUUAACAAAAGUCGUGCUUUCAAUUUCAUGAAUGAAUUUUGUUUUUAUUACCUUUGGUAGGUUGUUGUUCUUGUCGCUGCUUCGUUGGGCACGCCCGCCAGGUACUACGAUUGCUUCAGAUCUAGCUAGCUUUUAUAAAAGGUACGUACAUAACAUUUCAUCGUGACUAACUUGGCCAUCUAUCAUCAACUGAUCAUGCGAGCUACCUACUUCUAAAGAUGCUUCUACUACUAGUAUGUAUAGUUAUUUCUUCACACUUAUCAUUUUUUUUAAAUCUUGGUAACUUCUUCCUGUCAGAUCUAUAUGUAUGCCUUUUCUAUUCAAAAAAGCUAGCAGAUCAAUGUGCCUCAGCCCAAUCUUGUUAAUUAAGAGAAACAGUUCCCAUUUAUUUGUUUGAAAAUGGUAUUCCUAAAUAUCUGUAUCUGAAAUCAAAUGAAA